AUGAUUAUACUUGAUGCUGUUAGUAAUCUUCAAGCACAUCGAGCAUUACCACGAACAUUAUCAUAUUUAAAAUCUCUUGGUUUAUAUACAUUUGAACGUCAUACUAUUGUUGGUGAUGGUACAUUUGAAAAUAUUGUUCCUAUGUUAUUUGGUCAAUCAGCAAUACAUUAUCAGAUACCAAAUACAAAUGAUAGUCGAUAUGAAUUUAUUCGAAUGGAAACAAAACUUGAUCCAAAAACUAAAAAACGUUAUCAAGUUAAAAAAAUUAUUCAUUAUCCGGGACCCUUUGAUGAUCAUCCAUUUAUAGUAAAAAACUUUUCUCGAUUAAAUUAUACAACUUACUUUAGUGAAGAAUGGCGUGAAAGUGCUUUCUAUAAUUUAAAAAAUGGUUUUCGUCAAGCACCAACUGAUUAUUAUUUACGUCAAUAUUGGUUAUCAUUAUAUGAAACAAUGUCCUAUAAUAAAUUUUCAGGAAAUUCAAAUCCUAAACCAUGUUAUUUAAAUAAAUUAUUACAUUAUUUAUCAUUAGAUUGGCUUGAAAGCUUUAUUAAUAUUCAUCAUAAAACAUCAGAUUAUCCAACAUUUGGUAUUAUGAAAAUGAAUGAAAUGAGUCAUGAUUAUUUAGAAAGACUUUUUUGGAUUGAUUAUGAUUUAAAAACUUUGUUUGAAAAUUUAUUUCAAAAAAAAUUAUUAAAUAAUACAAUACUGAUAUUUUGUGGUGAUCAUGGUCAUAGACAACAUCGUUUAAGACUUACACGUAUUGGAAGUUUUGAAGCUAAAUUACCUUUUUUUUCUAUGUUAGUACCAGAAUCAUUUAAACAACAGUUUCCACAAGUUAUGAAAAAUUUAAAACAUAAUGAACAAAGUAUGGAAAAUAUAUAUUGCCAAAGAGAAUGUUUCAUUUAUCAUAAAGUUUAG